GAGGAUGUUGGUGGUCAAAAGGACUUCAACUUUGGUGAAGUUACCCGGGAAACAGGAUUCCAUUGAUUAUUGCCCUUCGCUAAGAUGUUCUGUGGUUAGGCUUUUCCCGAUGGAGUAAGAAAUAUCGCAGGCAGUUCUAAGGAAGCAUUUUAGCUUUACCUCUCUAUACAAACUAUAUGUAUAAUCUUAUAUUUCAUGAUCUUGGAAGCUGGGUGGCAAAAUUAAGGAUACAAGCUAGUUGACAAUAAGCUAGCUGUAGGAAACUUCUGAAUUUCAUUAAAUUUAGGGGGCUUUGGUAUUUAUGGAUAGCUAUGUUAGCGGGUUCUCUCCUAACUUGCCCCCUCACCCUCCUUACUAUUUUCCUGACAGUGGAAGAAAACAUCAAUAUGAAUAUGAUGUUUUCUUGAGUUUCAGAGGCGAAGAUACGCGCAACUCAUUCACAAGCCAUCUUCAUGGAGCUUUUCAGAGAAGUGGAAUUUAUACUUUCAUUGACGAUGAGGAACUAGACAGAGGAGAAGAAAUAUCACCACUACUUAUCAAGGCAAUUAGAAGAUCAAAGAUAUCAAUAAUUAUCUUCUCUAAAAACUAUGCAUCUUCGUCAUGGUGUUUGGAUGAACUCGAGAGGAUCCUUGAGAAUCGACGAAGAUCGUUUGAUCAACUGGUCAUCCCAAUAUUUUUGUAUGUCGAUCCUUCUGAUGUAAGACAUCACAGAGGAAGUUUUGAAGAAGCAUUAGCUGAACAUGAAGAAAGUUCCAAUAAGAAGAAGGAAAAGGUGCCCAAGUGGAAGAUGGCUCUGACUGAGGCUUCCAAUCUGUCAGGAUUUCAUUUGCGUAAAAACGGGGAUGAAUCAAGAUUUAUCCAAAAAAUUGUUGAAGAGGCAUGGAAAAAAUUGAGUCGUACACUUCUACAUGUUGCCAAAUACCCAGUUGGAAUUGAAUCCCAUUUACAGGACUUGAUUCCAUUAAUAUAUGUUUCAGAGAAGGAUGUGCGAUUCAUAGGCAUCCAUGGGAUUGGUGGAAUAGGAAAGUCCAGCAUUGCAAGAGCUUUUUUUAACCAAUUUGCUGAUGAAUUUGAAGGUUCUAGCUUCCUUGAAGAUGUCAGAGAAACAUCAAAGAAGCAUCUUGGUUUUGUUCAACUACAAGAAACACUUCUGUUUGACAUGCUGAAGUUUAGAAAUUUCAGGGUCGGCAAUGCUCAAAGAGGUAUCAACCUUAUAAGGGAAAGGCUUCGUCAUAAAAGAGUGCUUCUAGUUCUUGAUGAUGUUGAUGACCCAUGUCAGCUGGAGAAAUUAGCUGGAAGGCAUGAGUGGUUUGGCUCAGGAAGUAGAAUCAUUAUAACUACUAGAAAUAAACACUUACUAACCACUCAUGGAGUUGAUGAAAUAUAUGAGGUCCAGGAAUUGAAUCAUCAUAGAGCUCUUGAACUUUUGAGUUGGCAUGCUUUUAAAAUGAACAAACCUCAAGAAGACUACCUUAUGCUCUCAGAUCGUAUCGUAGUUUAUUGUAGUGGGCUUCCAUUAGCACUUGAAGUGUUGGGUUCCUUAAUAAAUGGUAGGAAAAAACCUCAGUGGGAAAGUCUGAUAUGUAAUUUAGAAAAGAAACCUGAGAAAAAGAUAUAUGAAAUACUUAAAAUAAGUUAUGAUGCUUUAAAAGAGGAUGAGAAGUCUAGUUUCCUAGACAUUGCAUGUUUCUUUGUUGGAGAGUACAAAGAUUAUGCUACCAAAGUAAUUGGGGAUGGUAAGUUCUGCCCAAUCUUUGCGAUUGAAGUUCUUAUUGACAUGUCUCUCAUAAGGAUAGAGUCCAACAAGCUGAGAAUGCAUCACUUGAUUCAAGAAAUGGGCAAGGAAAUUGUCCGCCAACAAUCCCCUGAGGUUGGAAAACGCAGUAGAUUAUGGUCUCCAGAUGACGUUUUUGAAGUAUUCUCAGAAAACACUGGAACAAAAUCUAUUGAAGGUAUUAUGCUGAAGCUAUCUGAACCGGGAACCCUAUACUUGAAUUCUAAAUCAUUCAAAAGAAUGAAAAGGCUUCGAAUACUUAUAUUCAGUAAUGUAAUCCUUUCUGGUACCACUGAAUCCAUUCCUCAUAUGUUAAGGAUAUUUGAAUUGCCUGGAUACCAGUUUUCCACCUUCCCCUUCGAUUCUGUUCCAAAAAAACUUGUCAUACUCAGCCUGCCAUAUAGCCACAUCGAACAACCCGGUCAAGGAUUUAAGAUUAAUUUAGAAAAUUUGAAAGUUUUGAACUUUAGUCACUCUACAUUGUUCAGAGAAAUUCCUGAUCUAUCAAAAGUCCCAAAUCUUGAAUGUUUACACCUUGACCAUUGUAAGAGUUUAAUCGAGAUUCAUGAGGCUGUUGGGUCCCUUACUAAGCUGGUUAUAUUGGACCUUCAAAACUGCAGCGAGCUCAGGAUUUCUCCAACGAAUUUGGUGUCCACAUCUUUUAGAAUAUUGAAUUUUCGAGGUUGCUCAAGACUUCAAAACUUUCCGAAUAUUAUAGUUGAAGAGAUGAAAUAUUUAAGGAGUGUAGACAUAACUGGGACAGCUAUAAAAGAGCUUCCGUUCAAAAUUGAGCUUUUAGUUGGGCUCAGGGAGACAGAGUCAGGAGGCUUAUCCUCGCAUGAGAAGCUUAUGCUUAUUCCAACCAGUACGUAUAAGUUGAUGCAUCUUGAGUUUCUUGAUCAUUCUCGUUGCAGCAGUUUAAGCUAUGACUUCCCAUUGCCAAUUCCAGAUGAACUCUUAGACAAUCCAAAGCUCCAAAUUAGAACCAUAUAUGACAGGUUUGGGCAUGGAGGCCUAAAUUCCCUUUAUAAUGUUCUUGGAAAUUCGAAUCUAUCAAGUAAGGAUUUCCUUUUGACACCGGGUAGUUUUAACAAACUAUUUUGGUUGGAUCGAUCUAAAAACGAGUUUGCUAGGCUUCCCUCCUUUGGAAAUCAAGAAGAUGUGGAAGUGGUGAUGCACAUUUCCGGAAUCAACCACAGGCUAAUUGCUAAUUUACCCACCUAAGUAAAAACAUUUGAACCGAUCAUUGAUCUAGACUCCAUGCAGGAUGAUGGCAAAGAUUAUUUCCAAUGACCAGGACUGGAAUCAAAGUUACAGAUAGGACUUGAAAUUCCAGACUGGUUUAGACAGGGGAAUCAAAAUCUGGAUCACAUGUUUUACCAGCUGGUGGAAAAUGUUCCAAAAAACUGAUCUCUACGCGUGGGAUCCACGUACUAAGUUGUCGAGAUGAGCUCAUGAUUGAUAUUAAAAACUUAUCAAAGUCUCUCAUCUUUCUCAAAAUGAAGAUAUAAUUUGACAUCUAUGAAAGAAGCUUUGACAAUUUUGCGAAAAAAGAAACCUCCAAUCCUGUUGAAGUUGUCUGCAAAAAUUGCAUUGUGGAUCCUCAAGAAUCAGAAAGAUAGGAAACAGAGGACAUGCAGGAAAAAACAGCUAAGGUCCUAUGAGCCAAAACUUUUUCCACUGAAGGAAGAUACAGGACAGAAAGAUGGAGGAAAAGGUUUAGUGGAUGGUGAUAAAGAGAAGAAUAAGAUUUGCCUGUGGCAUUUGUUUUCUCAUAUGAAAUCUGAUUACAUGUAAAAUUUGUAAGGAAAUUGCAAGUCUUAAUAAUAUAUUUUUUUAUGUCA